UUUUGAAUACCACUCACCCAGAUAAACUGCAAUGGACCCCACACUAAAUCUAUCCGUUAACAUUUCCCAAUCUAAAUGCUUCAAACCACAGUGAGCUCGAAACUGAAGAGCAGAAGCAGAGAAAUCUAUCAACAAAAACGAUGACGUUUUCACCCGACAAAGAAAACCAACACUCAUCACCAUCACAAUCGAGCUGGUUCAAGAGCAAGAAAGCCUUCAACAAUGUCCUCUUCGCAAUGCGCCUCAACAACAAACAACCCCUCACCCCCAAAUCCCUCAACCAAAUCCCCCCGCCGCCGCCGCCUUCUUCACGCCGCGCAUCCAAGCUCCACCAUUUCCCCCCCACCGACCUCAUCAUCGACAAAACCUCCCUCCUCUCCGACCAAAUCCUCCUCAAGAUCCUCUCACAUCUCCCCAAAUCUCAACGACAUUCCAAUUUCCUCGUCUCCAAACGGUGGCUCAAUCUCCAGGGCAGGCUCGUCACCUCAAUCAAGCUUCUCGAUUGGUACUUUCUCAUCUCCGGCAGAUUGCUUUCACGCUUCCCUAAUCUCGUCGAAAUCGAUUUGGUCAACGGCUGCAUCCUUUCCCCCCAGAAUUUGGGGGUUUCUGUCACGAACAGCCACGUGUCCUUCCCCGGCGGCUCCGAUUGCUUCCACCGGAGAGACUGGUUUUCUCCGGAGAAUUACGCGCUGAGCGGCGAGGAAAUCGAUAGAGGGGUUAGGGUUUUAGCCGCCGGAUUCCCCAAUUUGACGAAAUUGGUAGUGAUGAACGCUACCGAGAUGGGGGUUCUCACCUUAGCUGAGGAGUGCCCUAAAUUGCGAGAGCUCGAGCUGCGUAUGUGCAGCGAUCGAGUCCUCCGCGGCAUUGCCGCGUGCCAGAAUCUGCAGAUUUUACAGCUGAGUGGUAGCGUUUCCGAUGUUGGAUUGAUCAUCUUGGCGCAGGGAUGCAAGAAGCUCACGAGGCUCGAAUUAAAUGGAUGCAGAGGCGGAUACGAGGGCGUUAAGGCGAUCGGGCAAUGCUGCUCGAUGCUCGAUGAGCUCACGUUAACCAACCUCGAUAUGGAGGAUGGCUGGAUGCUAGGUCUCCCCUUCUGCCAAAAUUUAACGAGUUUGAGGCUGAUUUCUUGCAAGCGAAUAAAUGGCGACGACAGUGACAACAGCGAUACUAAUCCGUACGAUGAUUUGGGGCAUUGUCCGGUGAUCAAGAGCUUGCGUCUCGAUAAAUGCCAGACGAGGGACAAGAAGGGCUUAACGGCUCUGUUUCGCAUCUGUCGUGACGCUACAGAGCUGGUGCUGCAGAGCUGCUGGGGUCUGAGUGAUGAGGUGUUUGCGGCCGCGGUUGGUUUGAGGAGGGUGAGGAGUCUGUCGAUCCAGGGAUGCGCGUUGCUGACUGCGCGCGGGCUGGAGAGCGUGACCGUGGGAUGGAGCGAGCUCAGGAGCUUGAGAGUGGUGGCUUGUAAUAAUAUAAAGGAUGAGGAGAUCAAUCCGGAGGUUUCGACUGCGUUUGCAGAGUUGAGAUGGGAGCCGGAUUCGAGAAGCCGGCUUUGCUCGGGCCUUGCCGGGACCGGGGUUGGGAGGAAGGGUGGGAAGUUCUUUAACAAGUCGUGUGAUUGGAAGUCGUUUAGAAGUAGGUCGGAUUCUUGAAGAUUGGAUAUCACCACAUGUAUUAUUAAUGUUAUGUGUAAUAGUAGUAUUUGUUAGAUCUAAAUUUUUGAAAAUGUAUGUAUUAUAGUGAGGCUCGUUUGGUUUUAUGGGAUGGGUAUAACCAGAAAAUUAACUCGGGAUAGGAUUUUAGAGCCGAAAGUAGAGUUUUAUGUUGUUUGGCACGAAACUGUGCUCUUCCAAUACGUAUUUAUUUUAGUUGCAAGGAAUGGUCAAUAUUGAUUUCA